UGCAUUCACAAUGAUUUCCAAACGUCAAAAAUAUAAACAACAUAUGUUGUCGUUUGCUUAAAAGGAAUUAAGUUUUGUAUUGUACACAUAUUAUUUUUGAAUAAAGAAAGAUACAAAAUGCGUGCUUCUAUAGUCCGAUUGACUAAAGUAUCCUUAAAAUUAAAGGAGUUACGCAUUCAUCUUUGUCAAACGGGUGAAGCUUCAAAAGGAGCAAGGGAAUACGUGGAGAAAUUUUACCCAAAUCUUAAGAAGAAUAACCCAGAAUUGCCAAUUCUAAUUCGAGAAUGUUCAGGUGUUCAGCCACGAUUGUGGGCACGAUAUGCUCUAGGUAAAGAAACUUCCGUUCCAUUAACAAAUCAGUCGGCAGCAGAAAUUCAAAAACAGGUAGAUGCUGUAGCAAAAGCGUAAAGUUAUAUUUUUGAUAUCAAACUAAAACUGUAAACAUGUGUACAUCGUGAUAAUAAAAUAUCAUAACAAACGAA